AUGGCAGAUCAUCUGAUGUCUCUGAAGUCCUUUUGCAACGACGACCUCAACCGAGAAGUCAUGAUGGUGGAAGAAGAACUCGGCGUCACAAGGGUUGGCCGUCGGAGGAACUUUUCACCGCACAAUGAGCCGUGGCAACAUGGCGAAGAACGGAUAGAUCAGGCUCUGCCCCAACUAUCAAGAUCAAAAAUGCGACAUCUGACUGUGCGUAUCAAUACAUACUUCACCAAGAUUCUUUUCAGCAAGAGAUCUCCCGAGUGGCAUUGCGAAGCUUCACGAUUCCUUUUAGACACAUUCAACAGGUUUUCCAGUAUUCAGCUCGACGACAAGCCCGAAACCGAGCAAUCUCUGAAAGAGCUCUUGGAGCAUAACAUUGUUCAAGCUAAGGCUCUAGCAGAUGUGGUCAUGAAUCUUCAAAACAGGAUGGAGUUGCAACUCAACGUGUUGUACAGUUUUGUGGCCCAGCACGAUAAUCAAUUGAGCGCGCAGCUAGCAGCAUUGAGUGGGCGAGACAGUACAUCUAUGAAGAUCCUCGCAUUCAUAACAGCGGUCUUUCUCCCAGCAACAGUUGUCGCUACUCUUUUCAGCAUGGAUAUGUUUGAUUGGCAGAACGCCACCUCCAAGAACGUAGUCUCGUCUUCUGAUGAAGAUAAUGGACAGACACAUACUGUUUCCCCACAAUUCUGGAUUUACUGGGCCGUCACGAUUCCUCUAACCAUCGUCACGCUUGCUGGCUGGGCGAUCUGGUGGCGCGUCGAGCAACGAAGAUUCGACUUCGACCUGAUUCAAAAACAGCAAGACUCGGAGGAGUUCUAUGCUAUUCCUAGGAGGACGUAG